AUGGCCUACACAACGGCGUUCCUUAUCCUGUGCCCCUUCGUUCGCGACUGUCCAUCUGCGCUCUCCCUCCGACGCAUAUCUCCGCAUGCGCUCUCUACCGGCCCCGUCAAGUCGGAUGAACGUCAGUCUUCGCUCUAUGAAGCACCCGCCACAAUACUCGCGCGGUUAGUAGGCAAUUCAUCUGCGGCGGGCUCGCCGUCCAUGGCAUGGGGCGCUGCAUCGAUCUCCGAACAGCUUUUCCUCUCAAAAGCAUUCGCCGACGCCCUGCAACCUCUACACACCCGGCCGUACUUUCACCGUGCAACCCAUGCUCCCGCUCGAAACGACAUAACGCUUGCAACACUCGUGACUCCCGACCGGUACGCCAUAUUGGCACGUCUAGCCGAACGAUACAAGGGCCCUCUGAGCGUUGCCGUGCACAUCACGCACCCCGCCCCGCUCGACUCUCAUCCCACGGCCGAGGAGCAAAUAUCCGCUUUGCAAGACCUGAUCAAGUCCUCCAAGGCCCUCCGCGAGCGUGCAGACAUUCAUCUGCUCGUCAGCCCGUUCCCGCGCGCGCUCAACGCAUGGCGCAACGCUGCCCGCCUCUUCGCGCGCAGCGAGCUUGUCUUGCUUCUGGACGCCGACUUCGUCCCACCACCAUCCUUCCCUGCCGCGGCUCUUCUCUCAGCGCUCUCUCCUGCACUUGCUCGUCGCGUGAUCGAGGGUACUGCGGCGCUUGUACUCCCCGCUUUCGAGUACACUGUGCAAGCGGACGGCGCAGAUGCAUCGAAGUUCCCGAAGACAAAGGCUGAGCUGAUGAAGGAGGUGAAGAAGGGCAAGAUCGGCAUGUUCCACAAGGCUUGGGCGCCUGGGCACAACUGCACAGAUUACGACCGGUACGGCAAGACACGGUCAGGAGAGGUGUAUGAGGUCGAGACCUACACGAGUGCAUACGAGCCAUACGUCGUCGUGGCGCGCGAUGCCGGGGGAUGGUGCGACGAGCGCUUCACAGGAUACGGGGGGAACAAGGCGGCGUGCCUAUACGAGCUACAUCUCUCCGGAACAGCGUUCUUCGUACUCGCAGAUCAGUUCGUCAUACACCAGAGCCAUGCGUACGAAGAGAAGGCGCGCAAGAGCGAGAGGAAGUACAAUCGCAAAAUAUACGCCGACUUCCGUGAGGAAGCAUGCCUGCGUCACAUUCGUUCACUCGGUGCCGAGGGAGCCUUGGGUAGUCCUCGCGCCCAGAACGCGAUGCGCGAGUGCGCGAAGCUGCGCGGGGUGCGCGCGCUUCUUACACAGCUCGAGGCUGCAUAUACGUAG